CAGCCACAGUGAAUACCUUAAUCCUCCCUUCAUGGGCCUGAAAAAUUCCCACCCAAAGUUGUUCCCAGGGGACAUUGUGGAGUAUCCCAGGAACAAAUACUUCUCUCAUUUCGGAGUGUACUAUGGAGAAAGGGACGGAGUUCCAUACGUCGCUCACCUAACGUGUCGAGAUUCAGACACCAAACUGCUGCUGUACGGCCGAGCUCUCAGGUCAGAGGUCAAACUGGACCCUCUGGAGCUUUUGGGGAAGAAAUACAAGGUCAACAACAUGCUGGAUGACACGCACCCUCCGCGGGACUUCCACGGUGUGGUGAAGCCCGCCAUCGAGGACAUGAUGGGCCGCGAGGUGACCUUUGACAUCCUGUUUCACAACAGCGAGCAUCAGGCGACACUUUUUAGAUACGGAGUGAAGAAGUCUGAACAGAUUGAUGAGAUCUACAAGUAUAUCAUGCCAGCCUGGAAGAAACUGUUCAAGGAGAAACAGCUGUAAACCAGGUGUGCGCUCAUCUUCACCACCAGGGGGUGCUGUUCUUCUCUGAAUCAGCUGCAUGAAGUUUGGAGGACGUUUAAAAAGAAUCCUUCUCCUCGGUUUCUACCUUUACCUUAGUCCCUUUUUACACCUCCUUUCUUCCAUUCUGCUUCUCCUUAUUCCUCACAUCCUCCCUUUUUUUCUGUCAUCAUUCCUUCCCUAAUUUACUUACUUUCCCACCACCUUUCCUUGUUAUCAUAUCCUCACUUCUAUUUCUUUACAUUUCUUCCUUCCUGUUUCCUUAUUCUUCUUCUACCCCUUCCUUCCUGCCAUCAUUUCUUCAUUUAUCCCAUCCCUUAAUUCCUCCCUUUCCUUCACAUUACCUCUUUAUUUACCUUUCCAUUAUCCUUAUAUCCCUCAUUCAUUUCCUUUCUAAACCCCUCCCCCCACCCAUUAGUUUUGUUCUUGAUUUCCUGAAUAAUUAUCAUUAUUUGUAUUUGUAUUUUUUUUUACUAAUAUUAUAUUAUUUGUUAAA